AUUCGCCUCAUCCCAACAACUCAGAGAAACAGAGCAAAGCAUCAAUCAAGCAAUCACUCGAUCAUCAGAGCAGAAGCUCUCGAUUCCGAAAUCGCGCUCAGGCGUACGACGCGCACCAAUCAGCUCUUCGAGCUUGGAAUUUUGAUCGGAGGAAGGAGAGAUGGCGAGCAAGGGGGAGGGCCCGGCGAUCGGCAUCGACCUCGGCACCACCUACUCGUGCGUCGGGGUGUGGCAGCAUGACCGGGUGGAGAUCAUCGCCAACGACCAGGGCAACCGCACCACGCCCUCGUACGUGGCGUUCACCGACACCGAGAGGCUCAUCGGCGAGGCCGCCAAGAACCAGGUCGCCAUGAACCCCACCAACACCGUCUUUGACGCCAAGCGGCUCAUCGGCAGGCGCUUCUCGGACCCGUCCGUGCAGGCGGACAUGAAGAUGUGGCCGUUCAAGGUCGUCCCCGGCCCGGCCGACAAGCCCAUGAUCGUGGUGACCUACAAGGGCGAGGAGAAGAAGUUCUCGGCGGAGGAGAUCUCCUCCAUGGUGCUCACCAAGAUGAAGGAGAUCGCCGAGGCAUACCUCAGCACCACCAUCAAGAACGCCGUCAUCACCGUGCCGGCCUACUUCAACGACUCCCAGCGCCAAGCCACCAAGGACGCCGGCGUCAUCGCGGGCCUCAACGUCACGCGCAUCAUCAACGAGCCUACCGCCGCCGCCAUCGCCUACGGGCUCGACAAGAAGGCCGCCAGCACCGGCGAGAAGAACGUCCUCAUCUUCGACCUCGGCGGCGGCACCUUCGAUGUGUCCAUCCUCACCAUCGAGGAGGGCAUCUUCGAGGUCAAGGCCACCGCCGGUGACACCCACCUGGGCGGCGAGGACUUCGACAACCGGCUCGUGAACCACUUCGUGCAGGAGUUCAAGAGGAAGCACAAGAAGGACAUCAGCGGCAACCCGAGGGCGCUCCGGCGGCUGAGGACGGCCUGCGAGAGGGCCAAGAGGACGCUCUCCUCCACCGCCCAGACCACCAUUGAGAUCGACUCGCUCUAUGAGGGCAUCGACUUCUAUGCGACCAUCACUCGGGCAAGGUUCGAGGAGCUCAACAUGGACCUCUUCAGGAAGUGCAUGGAGCCCGUGGAGAAGUGCCUCCGCGACGCCAAGAUGGACAAGUCGCAGAUCCACGACGUCGUGCUCGUCGGAGGCUCCACCCGUAUCCCCAAGGUGCAGCAGCUACUCCAGGACUUCUUCAACGGAAAGGAGCUCUGCAAGAGCAUCAACCCCGACGAGGCCGUCGCGUACGGCGCAGCUGUCCAGGCUGCCAUCCUCAGCGGCGAGGGCAACCAGAAAGUGCAGGACCUGCUCCUGCUCGACGUCACGCCGCUCUCACUCGGGCUGGAGACGGCCGGUGGCGUCAUGACUGUGCUGAUCCCGAGGAACACCACCAUUCCGACCAAGAAGGAGCAGGUCUUCUCCACCUACUCCGACAACCAGCCCGGCGUGCUCAUCCAGGUGUACGAGGGUGAGAGGACGAGGACCAAGGACAACAACCUGCUCGGCAAGUUCGAGCUGACCGGCAUCCCUCCGGCUCCCAGGGGCGUGCCCCAGAUCAACGUGACCUUCGACAUCGACGCGAACGGCAUCCUGAACGUGUCGGCGGAGGACAAGACGACGGGUAAGAAGAACAAGAUCACCAUAACCAACGACAAGGGCCGGCUGAGCAAGGAGGAGAUCGAGCGCAUGGUGCAGGAGGCCGAGAAGUACAAGGCCGAGGACGAGGAGGUGAAGCGCAAGGUGGAGGCCCGCAACGCGCUGGAGAACUACGCGUACAACAUGCGCAACACGGUGCGGGACGACAAGAUCGCGUCGAAGCUGCCCGCGGAGGACAGGAAGAAGAUCGAGGACACGAUCGAGGACGCCAUCAAGUGGCUCGACGGCAACCAGCUCGCCGAGGCCGAGGAGUUCGAGGACAAGAUGAAGGAGCUGGAGGGGAUCUGCAACCCCAUCAUCUCCAAGAUGUACCAGGGCGAGGGCGGCGCCGCGGGCAUGGACGAGGACGUGCCCAACGGCGCCGGCACCGGCGGUGGAAGCGGCGCCGGGCCAAAGAUUGAGGAGGUGGACUAAGCGACUCGCGACAGGUCCUGAGCUGGAGCUGUAAUGUUUCUGCAUGCAGGUUCGGGGGAGAGACGAGAGAGUUGGUUUGUCUCGCCUGCGUCAUGGCGUGUUAAUCUGUCCGUGUGGAAUAAUACGGUGUUAAUGCCUGGAGGAUGUUCCAAGUCAGUGUCCAUGUGGUAGUAGGUUCAGUAGAGUGAAUCAUAUGUAUUAGGUUUGGUAGAGUAAAUAAUUUGUAAGAACAUCAUACGUGUGUUCUUGUAAUCAUCUCUGCUUGAGUUUAGGAGUUGAUGAAUAUAGAUAUACUACUGUUGUUUUCUCAA